GUGAUGGAUAGUUCCUACAACAAUCAGCAGUGUACUUGUACAGCUACUCACAACCUCCUAAUCAACACUAAAUCAAGGAGUGUGUCACUCACUGUAUUUUAUCCUCCAUCCACUGACCCUCUCAUCACAGCCUCUCCUGAAGGUCUUCAGUACAACAAUGGAACUAGAGUCACCUUGACCUGUCAACUUCCAGGAGGAAACCCUGUAGCCACGUUGUCAUGGAGAUGUAAAAACACAGUAAUGACAGGAACCAAUCAGAGUAACUCUACUACAGCUGUCUCUGUGUUGUCAUUGGUGAUGGAUAGUUCCUACAACAAUCAGCAGUGUACUUGUACAGCUAAUCACAGUCUUCUUAACAGGCCUAAAUCAAGGAGUGUGUCACUCACUGUAUUUUAUCCUCCAUCCACUGACCCUCUCAUCACAGCCUCUCCUGAAGGUCUUCAGUACAACACCGGAACUACAGAAACCUUGACCUGUCAAAUAUCAGGAGGAAACCCUGUAGCCACGUUGUCAUGGAGAUGUAAAAACACAGUAAUGACAGGAACCAAUCAGAGUAACUCUACUACAGCUGUCUCUGUGUUGUCAUUGGUGAUGGAUAGUUCCUACAACAAUCAGCAGUGUACUUGUACAGCUACUCACAACCUCCUAAUCAACACUAAAUCAAGGAGUGUGUCACUCACUGUAUUUUAUCCUCCAUCCACUGACCCUCUCAUCACAGCCUCUCCUGAAGGUCUUCAGUACAACAAUGGAACUAGAGUCACCUUGACCUGUCAACUUCCAGGAGGAAACCCUGUAGCCACGUUGUCAUGGAGAUGUAAAAACACAGUAAUGACAGGAACCAAUCAGAGUAACUCUACUACAGCUGUCUCUGUGUUGUCAUUGGUGAUGGAUAGUUCCUACAACAAUCAGCAGUGUACUUGUACAGCUAAUCACAGUCUUCUUAGCAGGCCUAAAUCAAGGAGUGUGUCACUCACUGUAUUUUAUCCUCCAUCCACUGACCCUCUCAUCACAGCCUCUCCUGAAGGUCUUCAGUACAACAAUGGAACUAGAGUCACCUUGACCUGUCAACUUCCAGGAGGAAACCCUGUAGCCACGUUGUCAUGGAGAUGUAAAAACACAGUAAUGACAGGAACCAAUCAGAGUAACUCUACUACAGCUGUCUCUGUGUUGUCAUUGGUGAUGGAUAGUUCCUAUAACAAUCAGCAGUGUACUUGUACAGCUACUCACAGUCUUCUUACCAGCCCUAAAUCAACGAGUGUGUCACUCAUAGUAUUUUUUUCAGUAACAUCAGCAACCCUGACACCAAACCAGAUAACUGUGGAUGCUGGUAAACAGAUAAGUCUUACCUGUCAGACUGAUUACUGUUACCCAGCAGCCAACAUCACGUGGUACAAGGCAUCAGUCAUUCUGGCCACGCCCACUACAGAUACUACUGACACCAACAGUAAUGGCCUUAUAAGGUCGACAUCAGUACUACCACUCUAA